UGCAGGUCGGAGGUCCGGCUCUGGAACGGGGGAGGGAGGAGUCCCAGGGCUGCGAGAGGCGACAGGGAAGAGAGAAAGGCAGAGGAUCAGAACUCGCCACGCCCCCCCAGCUGCAGCGCACACAGCGCCCCCUGGUGGCCAGGCCCCGUCAGCGCAGUGGGUGUAAUCACGAGACUCAGGUGAAACACGGACUCACUUGCAACUCAUCACCUCGGGCCUGACCACAGCGCAAGCUGAGCGGUUAUUACAUCUCGGCAACAACGCUCAUCCAUGCGAUAGGAAAGAUUGACCGACUUCGAAUUAAGCACAAAAUUUUGACCUUCGUGGCAGUGCUGUUAGUCACCAUGUUGAUGAAAACUCACAUCCUCAUCCCCACUAAUUGCGUGCAGCCCUUCCUGCUCACUAGUCACUGUAAUUAAUUGUAAUGACUAAUGCGAUGUACAAUUAAAUAAGUACAGGCUGGGAAAGAAUCUAAUAUUUCUCCAGUUUUUCUCUUUUCAAGAAACGCUCAGGAAUUUUUACUGACCACAGAGAGCCGGGACCUCCAUUAAACUUCUCAUCUGAAGGACGGCGCCUGUUUACAGUCUAGUGUACCCGUCACUGUCCUGGGGCAUUAUGACCCCCACAGACCACAGGGUUAUCGCCCCCUACUGGCCCCACUCACACCUCUCGCAGCAGCAGCCUUAGCUUUCCCAGGAGUCUCCCAUCCAGGUUCUGGCCAGACUCACUCCUGCUGAGCUCCAGUGGUGCUGCAGGGUGAUGCAGCAGCUGGCAUCAAUGCUUUUUACUAAUAAGCACGUUAACACCGACCGCUGUCCCAGCCGCCCCCAGCAGGGGGUCGCUAUCCCCACCCACGUGGGCGGCAAGCACGUGACGGAGCCGCGGCGCGGGCUCGCGCGCUCUCACCCACGCGGGCCUGUGUUAAACCCCUCCUGCCCCGCCGCUCUGAGAUAGCAAGACGCGGGAGAGAGGACGAGAUUCAAACCUCUCGACCUCACCUGAGGACACGCCUCGGCCGCCGUGUCUCAGAAGCGUCGGAACAAAGCGCUUCUCCUGCACGGUCCCCGUUUCCAUCAACACCCACACGAGAGCCUACGCAUGCUGACGCCGCUCCCCACCUGAACUACCAAUGCAUAAAGACUGCGGCGCGAUGUACAGCUAAGGCCCUUCCAAAGAUGGCGGCUCCGUAAUACCAUGUUCACCGCAUUUCCGGUACACUCAGACCACGUGGCCAAACAUUCUACGGCAAAGAGCGUGGAGACAACUGGCCCGCGGAGUGGUUUCAGAAGUAACUGGUGUUGGAUCUGUUUGCUAAAUUACUGGGCGGUGUGUUUCUUCUCUGAAUACCCUCCGCAAUGAAAGUCGUCAUAGGCGGUGGUACAGGAUUUGUGGGUCGAGCACUGACUCAGCUGCUGCACAGCAAAGGUCACGAGGUCAUCAUCAUCUCCCGUCAGUCAGGACCUGGGAGAAUCACAUGGGGGCCACGUCAAGCCCGGAUGAGCUCUCUCUCCCUGUCUCUCUCUCUCUCUCUCAGGUGGAAUGAGAGCUACAAGAGGGACCUGGUCUCGAGCCGCGUGGAGACGACCCGGGCGCUGGCCCAAGCCAUCUCCUCGUCCCCCCAGCCCCCCCAAGCCUGGGUCCUCGUCACCGGAGUGGGUAAGUGCCACAGGCGCUUGGACAGAUGGGUACUUUAUCGUCCACUGCUGUGGGAAUGUCUCUUUGGCAUCUCCCACAGAGACGUACGAAGCACACAAGCAAAACAUAUUUGCCGGCAGCUGUAUCACCCUGCAACUCCACAGAAGCUCAGCUGUGUGUGUCUCUGCCCCGUGCUGGGCUGGUGUACCCCGCCUCGCACCCGAGGCCUGGCUGGGAUCGGCUCCGGCUGCCCUGCCGCCCUGGAAGGGAUGAGGCCGUUAAGACGAUGGCUGGACGGUUCUUACAUCCUACAUGCCGUGACGUCAGGCGGCCUGGGUGGAGCGGCUGUCCUGCUCCGGGGUACCAUGAUGACGAAGGCCCGUCGCCCGGCCCUGCUGGGCCUGCCCGCCUUCGCCCUGAACGCCGCCCUGGGCCCCGAGCGCGCCGCCGUGCUGCUGCAGGGCCAGCGGGUGGCGCCCAAGAGGACGCUGGAGUCGGGCUUCGUCUUCGGGUACCCGGACUUGGGCUCGGCGCUGAAGGAGAUCGUCAGGUCCUAGCGGUCCCAAGCCCGGCCCGGCCAUCCCUCCCCCCGCCCCAAUCGGACCACGCUCUCGAGCGACCCUUUUGUUUAUUCCGAAUGAUGGCAGAUACUCAGCAAAAAUAAUAAAGGAUGUACAGGACAGUCUCGCUUAUCCGACCUUCCGUUUUAUCUGCCCUGGUGAUCAACCUGCUCUCUACCUAUAAAGAUCACUUUACUGUC